CCCGAUGUCGCUGUAACCAUCUUAUCAAUCUGUCAACUUUAAUCUCGCCAUUUUUUCCUCGCUGUGAAGAGUGUCCUCCAAGGAAGCGAGAGCUCGUCCGUCACCUGUCUCAAUCUCGGUGGUUCCAGUGCUCUUUCAUGCCUCUCACUCACUGUUGAUCGACAUCAUCCUUGGACGGUUGUAAACGAAUCGAAGCGACAACAAGAGCGUCCGUCUCAGAAAACCCCACAAUGGAUACCACGCCGUCAAAGCCUCUCAGCAAUACCACCACGAUGGACUUUGGCAUCAAGCCCGCAACGGCCGACGACAUGGCUGAGAUUGCAGAGCUCACCAACAAAGCCCGCGCCGAGAUGUUCCCCCACCUGGGCCCGGAAUGGCGCGCCAAAAGGGCCGAGACCGAUGCGGCCAUCUUCGAGAAGACGUUCUUCGACCACCCGCAAGGGGCGUACCUGAUCGCCCGCUCGGCCGGCAAGCUGAUCGCGACCAUCGGGUACCAGCACUACGACCACCGGUUCCUGGGGCUCGACCUGCGGGCCGGAGAUGAUGUCGUCGAGGUCGUCAGGCUGUACGUCGACCCGGACUGGCGCCGCGGCGGGCUGGCUUCGAAGCUGGUCGCCGCCCUGGUGCACUCGGCGAGAGAGGCUGGCAUGAAGCAGCUGUACCUGCACACGCACCCCUUUCUGCCUGGCGCAAUCAAGUUCUGGGAGCGACAGGGGUUUACUCUCCUGCGGGUGGAUGUGGAUGACCCGGUGUGGCAGACGACGCAUAUGAGUCGAAGUCUGGAGGAGUAGUAGAACAGAAUGUUCAGCGACGGAGGCGAGGUUUUUGGCGGGUGAAGCGCAGUCUGCUAUCAAUCUGCGGGGUUGUUUUCUUAUUAUUUUUUAUUGUAUGUAUUAUGUGUAUAGAUGGAUUGGUAAUCGAGGUCGCAUGUAGGAAGAACUGUGUUGACUACUUUAGUUGUACUGCUUCACAUGAGGAUCUCGUGGUCUACAAUGUGGAUAAGGUGGUGUUAAACUAGAGUGAAAGGCUAUACACAGUAGCGCAUGGCGUGUAGUUUGAACUUGGAACGAAAUUACGCAUC